AUGAGUGCUGCUCCCACAUCAACCCAAAUGUCAUCAACGCAAAUGACUGCUCACACACCAACUCAGAAUGGAAAGCGUCAACGUCUAGACAAAGACGAUGAUCCUGUCGCCAAUGAAAAAAAUGGCAACGACAAGGACAGUGACUCAGAUUCCGAUGAUGACAAAGAUUCAGAUGGAGAUCUCACCCAUGACGAAGUCCUUGAACGGAAAAGAAAAAGAGCUGUGCAACUCAAAGUGCUGACUCAAAUCAGGCACCAAAAUGCUGAGAUAUGGAAGAUCGCCGCACAACAUCCCAUCCCCAAGCCAUCGACCCCUCUUGCUAGAGCAAUACAUGAAUUUGCUAAACUGCUUAUGGGGAUCCCACGAAAGGCCAGAGGGUCCUCAGCCCUCAGUGGCUUUGAAGAAACAAAAUUGCCAGACCCACCAUCAGAGGAGGAACACCAAGCCUGGGAAACCCAAAAACAAGGUCGAGAAGAUUAUAUUUGCCAAGCUCAAGAUAAAGCAAUGGAGAAAUAUAUUGCAAAGAAGUUGCCUGGUUUCCAACCCAAUCAAAAACAACGUAAAACCGUCGAAAAGGAUGCGUCUGAAAUGGCAACUCUGAAAAAGCCGAUGCAGCCAGUAAUUUUCACCUCUCAAAUUCUGAAUCGUGGUAGAUCAAGAUACCCACAUCACUUUGGAAAACAGUGCGAGGCGGCUCUAGCAAUGGCGGGGUUCCCACGUUGUACAUUUGACUGGGAAGCGUCAUACAAUACACCUUGGAACACAACAACUGCCACAAUCAUCCUUGCGCAUUGGGUCAAAACUUACGAUGCAAAUGGUGCACGAGAGUUUGGAAUCCUCACUUCUGAUAACACCGCGGCAAAUCAUGAGGAAGUGCUUCGGCGGUGGUGUACAAACAAGGCUCCAAAAUUUCGAGAUCAAACCCGGAACGGCGUGUUAUUGCAGAAUCCAGCAGGUAGAAAGAAGCUGGAAGAAAACUUAUUGAAGACUCAGGGUAUCAUCAGCAAAAGGCGCAUGAAGAACAAGCUCUACAAUGCACGAAAAGCUCAAGCUGAGAAAAUGUUUGGCAAAAACUCUCCAGAAUGGUCAAUGCUCUGUCACCCUGAAGUUCAUUCGGAUGACAAGCUCAAAACGUCUGAUUCAUCUGGGUCUCGUCAAAAGCUAAGUUUACAAUGGCGCAGCUCAGGGUUGGAUACAUUGAUUGACUUGCUAGACCAGGCGCAUUGGCGUGGAAAAAUUAUCCCCAGAGAGAAAAGAGCGGCAAAAGAGUUGGUUGAAAGAGGCCAAUAUGCGCCUACACCGGAUGCCGACAGGUUUCCCCCAAAAGGCUUUCAAUUAUCUUUGAUUUCUCCAGCGUGGUAUGACCAGCAAGAAGGUCUGAUGUUAGCUGAGUUGGCCUUACAAGACAACGAUGUAUUUGAUAUUCAGGAAUCAAUCCUGGAAUUCAAGAGGGUGUUCAGAUCAAAGGCUAGCCUGGCAUUGGAUGCCACCGGUGAUUCCAGCAUGGGCUGA